AGUUGAAGGCUACCAUUUACGAGCCCACUUCCUCAGAUUUGAAAAUUGAGCCCUACCAAAACCCUUUAACUCAGUAGUUUAUUACCAUAUCUCAUCCUCUCAACCAUCAAUUCUUGCCUCUGCAGACUGUAGCGAUCAUGUUCAACUUUUCUUUUUAGGAGCAAGAUUCUAACUCACAUCGACAUCUCUAAAACCCUAAUCCUUACUCUUCUCGCUGUUAUCAGGUUCUGUUCUUUGGAAAAACCUCCUUAAUCAUGGCGCUCCGUGGAUCUACUACCUUCUGCUACAAAGUAAAUUUUAUUGAUAGGCGGCUUCCAUGUUCUUGCAUUAAUAGUUUCAAGAAGCUUCCCCAUCUUAAGGACAACCGCUUGUUCUUGCCUACUACUUCUGCAACACCUCUCAAGCUGCACAUUGAAGGAAGAACUCACGAGUCUUGUGCACUCUUUACAAAAACUUCUCGGCUGUUGUCACUAAGAGCAUGUCAAGUAACAAGCGAGGACUCUGAGGAAAUGCUAAGCGGUGAAAGCAUCAUACUGGAUGAGCAAGCCUUAAUGCGGGAUUUACAGAUUGCCAUUGAAGAAGAGAAUUAUGCACAAGCUGCAAAACUCAGGGAUAGCAUUAGAAUACUCCAGGAAGACAGUAAGGCUUCAGUACUGGCAGCAAAUGCUCGGUUUUAUAAUGCAUUCAGGAACGGGGACUUAGCAUCCAUGCAAGCCCUUUGGGCAAAAGGAGAUAACGUCUGCUGCGUACACCCAGGAGCCAGUGGGGUUAUUGGUUAUGAUGAUGUUAUGGAAAGCUGGGAGCUUGUGUGGAUGAACUAUGAUUUCCCACUAGAUAUUGAACUGAAAAAUGCCCAAGUUCAUUUUAGGGGUGAUGUAGGUUACAUUACUUGUUUGGAAUUUGUUAGGACAAAAGGUAGCAGUUGGGGGGCACAGUUUGUAACAAACGUUUUCGAGAGAAUUGAUGGUCAAUGGUUCAUCUGUAUUCACCAUGCUUCACCAGUCGACUUGUAAGAAACUUAGAAUAGAUGUCUAGGGAUUGCAGAAGCUGAUUUUUGUUUUUGGUUUCUGUAAUUUGUUUCAGUAGUUUUAGAUUCAUUGACAUCAUAUCCAAUUAGAAAUGAGAUGUAUCUGCGUAGAAUCUGGGGCUAUCGCUCUUAUUUUUAAGCGCCUGGUGCUUUUGAAGCAGUUUAGUCA